CACGGUGCCGGCGGGUCGGUCACACACAGUGCCCGCGACGUCACUGAUAGCAGGCCGCGACGAAGGUGAGGAGAGAGAGUGGGCUGAAAACAGCGGGCAGUCACCACCAUGGGGGCGAAGCGAGUGUGCGAGGCGCUGCUGCUGCUGACCGCCCUGGCAUGUGCGAACGGCACACUUUUCGAAGACAGUCCAGUGCAAGAGGCGCUGCGUCAGGAGUUCCAGGAUGCCUUGCAGACCGGUCACACCGGGCCGCUGAUGAAGCGCGUGGCUCAGAAGAUGGACCUGGCCUCCAUAAUGAAGGGUGAUCUGGAGGGCCAGCACCUGGACGGGAUACGCGGCCCGGUCAUCUGCGGCACGUGCCAGGUGGGCGUCAACGAGGUACUCCACGCCAUCGAGAACGGCACGGACCCGAUAGCCAUCGCCAACAUGAUCGUCAACGUGUGCGUCGACCUGGGGUUCGGCAGUCAGGUGUUCUGCGAGAACUUCAUCAUGAUCGCCGAGCCUCAAGUGUUCUGGGUGCUGGAAAACACGGAGGGCCUGACGGGCAAGGACGUGUGCGGAAUGCUGCUCGUCGGCUUCGGCUGCAACACAGACAACCCGGACCGAGUGUGGGAGGUGACGCUGCCGGCCGUGCCCAAGCCACCCGUCACGCCCCCUCCCCUGCCCGCGCCCGGGGCCCCAGUGAUGAAGGUCCUGCACUUGGCCGACACUCACUACGAUCUCUACUACCUGCCGGGAAGCAACGCGGAGUGUGGGGAGUCCUACCACUGCUGCCGCGCCGAGAGUGGUCCCCUUGAAACCCCCGAGGCCGCGGCGGGUUACUGGGGCGACUACCGCAACUGCGACGCCCCCAGGUGGCUGCUGGAGUCGAUGUACGCACACAUCAGCGAGCAGCACCCGGAUCUGGACUUUAUUGUCUGGACGGGCGAUAUCGUGCCCCACAAUGUCUGGAACACGUCCCGGGCGGGCAACCUGGACACGAUCCGGGAGGCGGUGCAGAUGGUGAAGGACUACUUCCCCGACGUGCCUGUCUUCCCCGCCAUCGGCAACCACGAGUCCCACCCCGUCAACGCGUUCCCUCAGCCGUACAUCGAGGGGGAGUUCGAUAUUUCGUGGCUGUACGAUGAGAUUGUGACGCUGUGGCAGACGUGGCUGCCCGAGGAAGUGGCCGCCAGCAUCGCCUACUCCGGGUUCUACUCCACCCUGAUCAAACCGGGGCUCAGGAUCCUCUCCAUCAACUCCAACUACUGCUACGGCUUCAACUGGUGGCUGUUGUAUGACGACGUGGACCCCGCCUCUGAGCUGGAGUGGAUGGGAAGUGAGCUGCAAGCGGCCGAGGACGCCGGCGAAAAAGUGUACCUGAUCAGCCACCAUCCGCCGGGCCACGAGGACUGCACGAGGACCUGGAGUCACCAGUACAACAGGAUCAUCCUCAGGUAUGAGUCGACCAUCGCGGGCCUGUUCUACGGCCACACCCACAAGGACCACUUCAUGAUGGUGUACGACCCCGAUGAGCCCAGCCGUGCCGCACAUGUGGGCUACGUGGCGCAGAGCCAGACGCCCUACCACAAGCUGAACCCCGGCUACAAGGUGUACACGGUGGACGGCGACUACGAGGGCUCCUCCUAUCGCGUCCUGGACCACGAUAACUACAUCCUGGACCUGGACGAAGCCAACGCCAACGCCACCGCUGACCCUCGCUUCUUCCUCCUCUACACGGCCAAGGAGGAGUAUGGCCUGGCCGACCUAACUCCCGCCUCCUGGUCUGCUCUGGUGGACAAGAUGAAUGAAACCGACAGCGAGGUCUUCAACACCUACUUCAAGAACUAUAUCAAGAACGCCAGGCCCUACAUGGAGGAAGGCUGCGAUCAAAAUUGCAAAUCCAACCUGCUCUGCCGCCUCGUGAUCUCCGACACCUCCGACUACUCCCGCUGCGACAACUACUGAGCCUUCGCCAUGGUGUCUGAUCCUCUCUCUCUUGUCUGGCGUCUCUCCUCUCUCUCUUCCCUGUUUAUCUUUUCCCCUUCACUCUGUCACCUCACCUCCUAACAGUCUUCUCUCCCUCGCAUAUACUGUUUAUAUCGAGGGAGAACUGCCAUUUUUUUUUUCUAACAAUAUAAACCAUAAAGCCUUCA